AUGAAGGGGAAAGGAACGAAAAGGGAAACUUCAUCCUCCAAUUUGGAUUCCCAGGAACCAAGAAUGGACAUCAAGUCCAUCCUGAAAGAUAUUGAAUUUUUGGGUUCCUCACACAUGACAUGGAAACAGAAAAGGGACUUGGAGAAUAAGAAGGUAGUGUCACUCGGUGGAAAGCCUCCAAAGAAACAGAGGUUACCUCUUAGUGUUGCUAGAGUUUCAAUGAUGUCACGACCGCCCUUUAGGAGAGCUAUACUUGGAAGGUUUGGAGCCUACAGUAGCAGUAGUUCCCAGAAGGUGCCAGAGAGGAAACCAGCAAAGGACAAAAUUCUGAAGUCGAUGCAAGGCGAUUCCAGAAACGGGGUUCUCAACGUCGGGCAUCUGGACCCUCUGGAGGAAGUGACGGAAGACUGUCUUCCAUUAAUAUCUGCACAGCAGUAUGCUUCUCGCAAUGAAAUGCUAAUGUCACUUAUUAUUGCUUGGUCUCCAAUUGUGGAGACAUCUGGAAACGAUGUGGCUUUUCCUUCUAGCUCUUCUAAUUGCUGCUCAAUUCUUGCUGUUGGUGGAAAGUGCGGUAAAAUUUCUUCGUGGAGUGUUCGUGCACCUGAGUGCUAUUCUACUGAUAAUGCUGGGCACGCGAGUGAGGUUCGACUUGUUGGCCUUGUGAAGGCACAUGAUAGCUGGAUUGCAGCAAUUAGUUGGGUUAGAUAUGGGUCUAACGAUUCAAAGACCCAGUUUGCAUUGGCUAAUGGGAGUUCUAAUGGUAGUUUGAAGAUCUGGCUGGUAAAUGGUGAAAAAUUACUCAAGGCGUCUGAAGUUAUCAACGAUUCAUUAUCAUUGUUGAGGGAGGUUGCGACUGUUGAUUCUUCUAUGAUAUCUGUACUUUCACUUACUGUGCCCGCUCGAUCACCAACGAAAUUGUUCUUGGCUAUUGGUAAAAGUUCCGGAUCCUUUGAAUUGUGUACCCUUGACACAUCUACUGGCAAAUUUGACAAUAUUGGCUGUUAUAAUGCACAUGACAGCACAGUUUCUGGUUUAGCUUGGGCGUUUGAUGGACGUUGUUUGUACAGUUGUAGUCAGAAUAACUCCUUGAAGAGCUGAAUUUUCGUUGGAGAUUCUCUGUCUGAGGUGCCACUUCCCCAAAGCUGUCCUGGUUUGAUGAGCUCCACAGAUGAAGCAGUGGCUUUUGCAAAAUGUGAAAGACGAAUACAUAUUCCCUGCAGCAGAAAUUAGAGAGAUUAAGAAGAGGUAUGACAUUUCUACUAGUUCGACUGUUUAAUUCUUAAUGUUUGCUGCAUCUCCACUCCCCAUUAUUUUCAUUGGAUGCUGUUUAUCACAAAUUUAUGUUAUUCAACGUAUGCUGUUUGAAUAAGGCUAAGCAUUGUGCCAUUCGCUCAACUGAGUACGCAACUUUCUCUCCAGGUUCUACCAACUAAGCCCUCCUGGUAUUGUAUGUGUUGCCACAGACGGGCUUCAAAGAUGGCGCCCACCAUUGUGUUCGCCUUGCCCUGGUAUCGUUCUGAUUUCAAGUCUUUCGUAGAGUCUCCUACUCACAAGCAUACUUCGACACCAUGUUGUCCCUUCUGCGGUAUACUUCUACAUAGAUCGCAACCGCAAUAUUUUCUGUCACCUUCCCCAGUUUAAACCAGAUUCUUCCUAUCUUCCAAUUGCAAUGCUUUGCUUAUAGAAGUAUGAUGUUGAUUUAUGGAAAAUGAAAACAUUGAUGGGAUCAAAGUUGAGAAUAUGCUGCUAAUGUCACAUUCAUAGGUUGUACAAGUCAUGGAAGAAACAGUUGAAUACAUUAUGUACAGUAUGCAGACUUUAAUGAUUAGUAAAUUAUGAUUACUGCAAGGAAAAACAAUGUUGCAUUUUC